UCUGUGGUGACUUGUGCAAAUGAUUUUUUAAAUACUGCCCCCUGCUGUUGAAAGUGACACAGUGGAUCGUCAACCCGACGUUUUAACAAUUUAUUCGGGUUUUCUGAGUGUCCCCUCCCCCACCGAAAACAAUUGGAGGGCUUCAAACAGAGCCACAACGGGACUUCUUUGUGUCUUCUAGGUAACCGGGCGCACAAAAUGGGUCCUUCUCAAAUUUGUGGAACUUUUACUCCAGGAGUUGGCACUUUUCCUGUUGGGGAAGAGUUAUAGCGGCGCACCAAUUUUUUUAUCUCACUGGGGACUAGGAAUCAAGGACUGACAGGCAAACAGGGAAAGAGGAGUAUUAACGGGGUUCGGGUGCGUUCUUUGUAUCUCAGCUGUCCGUGCUGCUAUUUAUUCUUAAAACAGAUGGGAGGAGUAAUAGAUUGGAAAGAGAGAAUUGUCCACUCUGUGCAUGGAUGAAAAACCAACACACAAGUGCACCAGUCUACGAGGAGGAGAGAUCGGAAUGGACAUCACAAGCCGUUGUACCCUUGGAGACCCUAACAAAUUGCCAGAGGGGGUUCCUCAGCCUGCUAGGAUGCCCUAUGUCUCUGACAAGCACCCCAGACAGACUUUGGAAGUCAUUAACCUUCUUCGCAAGCACCGGGAGCUGUGUGAUGUUGUACUUGUUGUUGGGGCCAAGAAGAUAUAUGCCCACCGGGUGAUACUAUCUGCCUGCAGUCCGUAUUUUCGUGCCAUGUUCACUGGCGAGCUGGCAGAGAGUCGCCAGACAGAAGUGGUGAUCAGGGACAUUGAUGAACGGGCCAUGGAGCUUCUAAUUGAUUUCUCUUACACAUCCCAGAUCACUGUUGAGGAAGGCAAUGUACAGACCUUGCUGCCGGCUGCCUGCCUUCUGCAGCUGGCAGAAAUCCAAGAAGCCUGCUGUGAGUUCUUAAAGAGACAGCUGGACCCUUCAAACUGCCUUGGGAUACGAGCCUUCGCUGACACACACUCUUGCCGGGAACUGCUCCGCAUUGCUGACAAGUUUACUCAGCAUAACUUUCAGGAGGUUAUGGAGAGUGAGGAGUUCAUGCUACUUCCAGCCAAUCAGCUGAUUGAUAUUAUUUCAAGUGAUGAAUUAAAUGUACGAAGUGAGGAACAGGUUUUUAAUGCUGUGAUGGCCUGGGUUAAGUAUAGUAUCCAGGAGAGGCGGCCUCAGCUUCCACAGGUGCUUCAGCAUGUUCGUUUACCUCUCCUUAGUCCAAAGUUCUUGGUGGGCACUGUUGGAUCUGAUCCCCUUAUAAAGAGUGAUGAGGAAUGCAGAGAUCUGGUGGAUGAAGCUAAGAACUAUCUACUUCUGCCUCAAGAGCGUCCCUUGAUGCAGGGUCCCAGAACUCGGCCUCGGAAGCCCAUCCGUUGUGGAGAGGUGUUGUUUGCAGUGGGAGGUUGGUGCAGUGGAGAUGCGAUCUCCAGUGUGGAGAGGUAUGAUCCACAAACAAAUGAGUGGAGGAUGGUUGCCUCGAUGAGCAAGCGGCGCUGUGGGGUCGGAGUAAGUGUUCUCGAUGAUCUUUUGUAUGCUGUUGGAGGGCAUGAUGGGUCAUCGUACCUCAACAGUGUUGAAAGGUAUGACCCGAAGACGAACCAGUGGAGCAGUGACGUUGCUCCUACCAGCACAUGCAGGACGAGCGUUGGUGUGGCUGUACUCGGAGGGUAUCUGUACGCCGUAGGUGGGCAGGACGGAGUCUCUUGUCUCAACAUUGUGGAAAGGUAUGACCCAAAAGAGAACAAGUGGACCCGUGUUGCCUCCAUGAGUACAAGACGACUGGGAGUGGCAGUUGCUGUGCUGGGAGGCUUCCUGUAUGCUGUAGGUGGAUCUGAUGGGACCUCUCCUCUCAACACAGUUGAGCGCUACAAUCCACAAGAGAACCGCUGGCAUACAAUUGCACCGAUGGGAACACGGAGGAAACACUUAGGCUGUGCAGUCUAUCAGGACAUGAUCUACGCUGUGGGAGGGCGAGAUGACACUACAGAGCUGAGCAGUGCUGAAAGGUACAAUCCUCGCACAAACCAGUGGUCACCAGUAGUAGCUAUGACAUCACGCAGAAGUGGGGUUGGACUUGCAGUUGUGAACGGGCAGCUGAUGGCCGUUGGAGGGUUUGAUGGAACUACCUACCUGAAAACCAUAGAAGUUUAUGACCCAGAUGCAAAUACAUGGAGGUUGUAUGGAGGCAUGAACUAUCGCCGACUAGGAGGUGGGGUAGGAGUCAUCAAAAUGACACAUUGUGAAUCCCACAUAUGGUAACCCAAGGAUGAAGUACUUUUCACCCAGAAAUGACUUAUGCUUUUGCUGCUACUGUUGUUGAGAAGCUCUACCUUUGUUCCAUAGACUUUAGAGUAAGAUUUGGAGUUUAGGUGAUAAAUGAACUUUUCAAUAACAAAGAGAUACUCACAGUCAUCAGAAGGCAUGUUUGCUGUGAGCGCACUCAGACUGAAGGUAAAAUUUUUCUGUGCAAUAUUUAAAGACAAAGACUUGAGGGCUCCUGAGCGGCUCGUAUACGAUGUGUUGAGAUGUUUACUCUCUGCCAGUGCCUCUCUCUGCCUUGGAAUUUAAUGUGGAGCAUUAAGGAAAGUGUUGCGCACUUUGAAGGUGCCAACAUUAAGGGGACUAACUGCUUUUGAGCAAAAGAGAAGUACAGCAUAUUCCUUGGCAACAUUUCCUGCAUCACUUUUUUUAAAUGCUCAGACAAUGAUGGACUUUAAGCUCUCCUUUUUUGGUGCGGUCUCCUUGUGGUUGUGUCAGAAGAUCAGAUCAGCAAAUCUGGAGAAUGACACUGCAUAAACAAUCUCACUUUAAGGUGGUGUUGGCGUGUAUUUGCAUAAACAGAGCAGUCCUACCUUCAUGUGCAGUGACGAAAGAGAAACCAGAGUGAGGUGCUAACAUUGAGUGGGGAAGAGGGGGUAGUGGACUUUUAAACUGAUUUUGAUGAAAAUCCCAUGAACAUGAGAAAAAGUAUUACUGCACUUAAAAUGUUUUUUGACAAACUCAAAUGUGAUUUUGUUGUGAAUUGGCAGACAUCAUACCAGAUGCCAGAAGUUUUUUUUUAUCCCAUUUUAUAUUUUUAUGGAAUCAUUUCUCCCUUCUUGUUUCUUCAUUUGCAGUUUGCUACAUGACAUAGCUGGAGUUUCAUUCACUGAAAUAGUCACUGGUUCUCAUCUGGUGUCUAAAACUAGUUUACCCCAUCUUGUGAUCUUACUGUUAUUGCAUCCACCAUUUUAGCUACUUAAUUCACAGGAGAAAGUGGCACUUUGUUCUGUGUCGUGUUUGUGUCCCUCUGCUUACUGCCUGUCUCCCUCCAAGCCCAAUGAGACAGAUUGCCAUAAGUUAUACUACAUAUACAAAUCCUUUACCAAAUGUCACGUCAUUUUCUUUUUGUAGUAGGAAUGGAAGGGCUGACAUUGCAGUGUAUGUGGGACAGCAGAGUAAUCUAUCCUAAUUUUUAUGGUAAGGAUAAAUAAUGCCAGACAAAGGUAAUUAGCAAGUUAUAUAGUUCCACUUUUGAACUUUUCAGUUCUGCAUCUUUCGUGUUGACAUUUUAUUGCAUAUUCUGAGUAAACCCUUUUGUGACUCAUUUAAGAAAGACUGUGCAUUGCUGCUAGACCAGGUUGCCAGUAUUCCUAAUUAGUGGAUGGUUUUCCUGAAGAUGAUUAGUGAUUUCCUCUUACCUUGCUGUCAGUCUUGAACAGUUGUGCAUGAUGUGAUGUCUAUUCCUGGAUGCACUCCCCUUUCCUGCAUCAUGUGCCUGCUUCCCUAGACUUCUCAAUGGAGAAAGUUCUUCUGUUUUGUCUUCAUUUGAUCAUCUUGAAGCAGCUUUUCGGCUCAGGCUGUUCUGGUUUAGGCAGUCAGUAUUUGCAGUGCAUUUCCAAACCAUUCUGAGCUGUGCAGUUAUUUGCUAUUUCUGUUCUGGUUGUACUUGGAGCAUUUUGUACUACAGAAGUGCAUUGAAUGCACAGAGCUCAUCGGAGGAGUGUCCAGGUUUACUGAAUGUUUCUCCACAGACAAUCUUGCAAACGUGUUUUCCUGAAGACCUAUAUAUUGUCAGAUGUUUAUUUGUGGGUAUUACCUUACUGCUCACCUGAAAGGAAUCUGCUGCAUGGUUCUGCUCAUGGUUGGUGCUGGAUCCUGUGCACUUUGAUUAUAUCUGGCUGUAAUUGCUUCUCGGUUCUCAUUGUGUAAACCAAAUAAGCACACAUUUUGUUAAUUAUGUUGAAAUGUGUAAGCCACAGUUUGCUAUAGCAGCAGUCCCAUACAGAAGGCAGUUACAGCUUUCUUACCAGGUAAACCAAGCAGUUGCAAGUGGAUUGUUCCAUUUCUGUAGUUCACCUGUCUGUUAUAGUGGGGUGAAGAAUUCUGUUAUCUAUAUCAGAUAGCAGUUUUUUUAGACCUCAAGAUGUUUUAAGCAUUUUAAACAGCAUCCUGCAAUCUGUUAGCAAGAUACCGUCUAGUGAAUUUUCCUUGCCUCAUUGUGUCAACGAGCCAUAAUAUCAUGGAAGUUUCAUCAGAUAAAAUGUCCAGAAUAAGAAGAAAUAGAGCAAUGAUGAAAAUGCCGAGAGCAUUCCACACCUUUCCGUUGUAGAGAAGUAAUAGACCCCCCCCCCCCAGUUCAGAUUGCUGUCCCUGCUGAAAGUUAACAGACUGAUUGUCUUGUUGUCUUUCACAUGUGUCUCGUUUUUACAACUUAGAACUGGAUCUUGCAGUUGCUGGGUUCUGUUUCCAGAGUUCAGUUUUCUUGCUGUGUGUUAUCAGUGACCCCGGUAGGGUUUUUGAUGCCUUUUGUACUUGAGGUAUACAGUGGGCCAAGGUCAUGCUUCAGAUGUCCUGGGCUGCCUCAUUUCUUCACAAUGGCAUUGAGUGUUGGAUUGGAUAAGAGGGAUGGCAGCCCAUUUCUGGCAAGUACCCUGUACGUAUAGGUGGAACUUCUGUAUGUUCAUGGCCAGCUAAAGUAAAGCUUUUUUAACGUACAGGUUACUUCUCCUUCUUGUCUUUCCAGACUACAUACGAUCAACAUUCCAGCUCAUGUCAUUAAGAGCCUCCUCUGUUUUCAGUUACUACCAUUGUGUUCCUUCCUGAAGUAGGGCCUUUUCAGUUCUGAUCAGCAGUUAAUGUAUUUAACUACCCUUAGAUUACAGUGGUCUUUUUGCCAGGAGAGAGGAGCACAUCAGUCCUUCCGUAAUAAAAUGCCUCACUCAGUUUCAGCGUAGCUAAGAAGGUCAUAAAGCAUUCCAGCAAUCUGGUCAAGCCAAAGAAGGUGAUUGUGUGAUUAUAACUAUACUUCUUUCCACUUCCCAGCUGAACUGUACCUGGUUACCAUAUUGUUUGCUCUGGGCAAAGGUUAUCUCCAGUUGGUGAUAUACAAGGUGUUUCUGGCAAUGCUGCAGCAUUCAGCUCACUAACAAAUGUGUCACUUUCAUUAAGGACUGAGGUGUCAAUGGUCAAAAGUACAUAUUCGUAAGGGAACUUUUUAUAACUGAAGAUAUUUGAAUGGUCACUGCUGCAAUAGCUUUAACUGUCUGGGUUAUAUACUGCCAAGGAUAUAACGUCUUGCUUGCAAAGUACUAGGGCACCCCACCCUCCAUGCACUCAAAGUAUCAUGCUUUGGAAGCUGUCUGGCUGUUAUAUCCUUGAUAGGAUAUAACCCAUGUAGCUAAGCCACUGCAGCAGUGAUUAAUAUGAUGAACAUCCUUAUUGGUAGUCAUCUAAAACUGCUGUUGUUGAGCACUGUGUUAAUGCUGUUGUGGCAUCGUCAUCAUUGUUCAGGUAGAUGAGCAUCUUUUGCUGACAGCAGCUGCAUGGCCGCUGUGUUGAUUAGCUCAUUUCCUGAUCUACAGAAUGUGUGAGUGUUGUAUAAAGAAAAGGUGGACAGCACAGCAGCUUUCUGGAAUCAUACGUGUGGUGUAGUAGGUAGCGGGAGGAAUUGCUCGACUGAAAAUGACUUGUCUUUCAGCUGAAACAUCACAGUUAACUGCCUGGUUUUGUUUGAACAAACAUGGGAGGAAGUCAUAUUUCUCUAUUUCACUAAGCAUUUUACACAAGUACCACUGAGUUUUCAAAUGGUCUGUAUCAUUUGUACGAUUCUUCAGCUGCUGUGCCUUCCAGGGAUCUACUUUAGUAGAAGGAAUGAGCACACAACCGAAAUUUAAAAUGCCAAGACAAUGACAUCAAAAGGUUACUAGACCAAGAGUGCAGAAGAUUGGAACAUAGAAUAUCAAACCAGAUGUGUAUUCUAAACAGAGAUCGCAGUACAGUCCGGAUAGGGAAACCUACCAUUUUCGUCACUAUAGUGCAGUCUCGGAGUUGGUAUAUAUAAUUUCCAGGGUUUGUGGUGGGGGGGCACAGGAGGGCUUGUCCCCCUGCAAAAAUGCAAAAGAAAUUAGUUAUACCUGUAAAUGAUAUAUACCAACUCCGAGAUCGCACAACAGUGAGGAAAAGGGUAGAUUUCCCAAUCCUGACUGUACAGCAAUCUUCGAUUAGAAUAUAUACCUGCUUAGAUCUUCUGCAUUCCUAUCUCCUGCAUUCUCGCUCUUGUAACCUUUUGAUGUUAUCUCGGCAUUUUAAAUUUCAGUUGUGUUAAUUCAGUCUACUAAAGUAGGUCCCCUUCCAGACAUCAUGUCUUUUCCAUUUGGAUUGGGCUGCCUCAUUUCCCCCGCACUAGGGAGGCACCCAUUGUGGUACAAGAGCAAAGGACAAGCAGUGUGGCAGCUUUAAAGGUUGCGCUUGUGCUCUCCCUGGCAUCCUAGCAGCGUAGCCAUAAUGGUGAAACCCCACCCAUAGGUAGAGGAAGACAUGCAUUCUUUUAAUAACAAAGGCCUGCACCACCUUUUCUGUGACAAGUGCUUGCUUUCCCACAGCCACACUGAAGUGCACCACCACCGCUUCCUCCAAAGGAUCAUGGCAGCAUGCAGCUGGCUGCACUGCACCGACUCCCGAGAAUGGACACACCUAUCCUUGUGGCAGCUGUUAUCUGGUGCACGCCUGCAUCUUUUUGCAGGGUGUGAGCAGCAUGUUGAUUCUGUCACUUAAAUGGCAGGCAGGUAAACAGAAUGAUGUGUAAAUGACUGCUGUAGUGACAGCUGAUUUCUGAUAGACCUGUCUGUCCGUCUUUAUUCAGCUAGGUGAUUCUGAGGAGGAUAGUUCUUCAGUGGCUUUCUGUUUUGAGACUUAGUUAACUGUCCUUAGUUUACAGUCUAAUUAUUCAGAGAUAUAUGUAGCCUGGUAGUUCUCCAUUAGUCUAACAUACAAGCAGCACACUGGCACACAGAUGUGGUUUUGUUCUUGUCCUCCAGAGCCCAGACUGGGCUUAAAAUAGUAAAACCUCGCCACUUCAGAAGGAUGGCCAUUCUCUGUACUGGUAUUGCAGUAUCAUUUACCAAGUUAUGUGACUUCUCAGAACAGAUGUUUUACUCUUCCUGGUGUACUCUGCAGGGUAGAUAAAGGUCCCCUGAGCAAAGAUGAGCAAAGAAUAAACAAGGAAAGGGUUGAGCUGAGAGUCUUGUAUGACUGGAGAAUACCUAGAAGUGCAAACAAUCUCAAAUUUAGGCAGUGUGCGAAUUUUGAACCAGGAUCAUUCUCUUGCUUUGCCCGCAAACUUUGGCAACAGCUGCCUCUGUGUUUUGAUCCUCUAAAGAGCUUGAGAAGCUUCAGAUGUAGGACUUGUAACCCUUCAUCUGGUUUCUGAGCAAGAAUUGCAAGCAACUUGGAAAAUUUCUCCCAUAUUCUGACAGUAAAAAAGUUAUGUUUUAUAUUUUAGGUAGACAAAUCCUCCUCACCCGUGUGUGCUGUAAGAAACCCAGUUCUGUUUUCUGCCAUUUCACACGUGGUCUUAUGUUUUGCCAUUUAAUUUUUUAUGUGCUGCAUCAUUCUUUAAGGUACUUAUGGCUGUCAGCCGUGGGUUACCAUUCCAGACCUCGUAUGUCUGUGGUUCUUACAGAAAAGGUGGAUGCUCUCCCUUUAAAAAUGUUUUACUUGGUGUCUAUGCUGACAGAAGUAUUCAGUACCACUGCUGAUCCUUUCAGAAUUGAAGGGCAAAUGUUUGUUUCAUUGACCGGCACAAAUUCUCAUUCUUAUGAACAUCUUUACUUUCAUCGUCCUUACUAAGCUAGUGAAGAGAGUUUAACUUCUGUUCCGUCCUACUUGCAGCUCCUACCAGGUGAACAAGAAAGUUUCUCCAUAUUUUAGUCAAUUAUUGUAAAUGAUUUAUUUUUACAUCAAGCAGUUGUGAUAGUGUCCUAGAUGUUGCCCAUAUUUUUAACACAUUCUUGUUUCUUCACAGUGCCAGUCAGAUCGUCAGCCAGCCAGUUGGAGCUUUCCAUCUCAUCUGACCGAUGGUUUGGCUUACCCCCCAGGGCAGGGGCUGCUCCCAGAUGGCAGAUGACCAAGAGUGUGACACCUAAUUGUGUCUGGACUGGUAAAUCUCACUGGGUGGCUGUGACAGUGACCUAAUCAUCACAGAGCCUAAGGCUUUUGCUUACACUGCCUCUCAUUCCUGAUCUGCAGCCUGGACGAGUAGGACUGCUACCGUACCAGUCAGUGAUGCACGUACACAUCCAUACACGUGUCCUGUGCGACUGCAGUACAUGAUCAUGCUGCUUGGUGCGUGCCUGUCCCCAGAGCUUCAUACUGUUGUUACAGCACCCUGCCCCCACUAGGUGUCAGCAUUGCAACAGACCAGACUGCCUUCCACCUUCAGGAUGGGGGGAUCUGAUAUUACUUAUUCAAUCCCAGUGUAACUAGAUUUCCAACACCCUAGCUGCUCCUUAAACCAAGACUCUCAUAUUAGUAGGCAGGACGUAAUCCUGGACAGCACUGAUCUGGCAGUGUUUCUCAUAUUUUAUAUCAAGUCACUUUAAACAGUUCAUUAAUGUCACAGAAGAGAGAUUAACUUUCUGAGUUAUUGAUACAGGUUGCUGAGACAGCAGAUAAUCAUGUGUUAAAGCAUUACUGCCCAACUGCUGCUUAAAAGCGAUAUGGUGCUGCUGUAACUAUUUGAGCUGGCUUAAAAAAAGGGUUAUCAUUUUAUAGCCUAUAUGUUUCAAGUUUCUUCUACCUGAACAAGGCAAUGUGUGUGGUUCCAGUAUACCUGUAGGCAAACUUGCUAUUCAGAGUAACUUCAAGUAGUUUUAAAGUCAGUCAUGUGGGAAUAAGAUGGAGUAUUCCAGCAAAGCUUAGUAGAAGGCAUCUGGCUUGAAUAAGUCUAUCCACUUUUAGGUACAGUUUUAAAACAAGUUAUUCUGUUUUUCUGCUGUCACCACCUUCCUACAGUGUUCUUCAAAAACAGGUUUCAAUUCAACCCUUUGUUUGGGAAACUGCUUGUAUUUGAAUGGUGUGAUAGUGUAGACUGUCCUUAUUUCAUUUUGGUUAUGUAGUUCAGAUGCAGAAAUUGGUGGCGAUGCCUUCAGAUCCCACUAAGUUUUCAGUCAAUUCCAAGGGCAUCUUAGAAAUAACGUAGUUUACUGAAAACAGUGUAUGGGUUAAUCUGUUCCUUCAUGACUAUAGAAUUGACACCCAUAUUGGCAUCUCCACAUCUUUUCAAGUUCUUUCCUGCCUGAGCACUAAUAUAUUAACAACAGAGCAACAAAUCACAUUUUCCUGGUCAAGAAGUUGUGCUUUCAGAUGCAAGAUCUGUCCUGUAGGGGUUCCAUUCUAAGGUAAUAAGUCAGUAUUAUUUGUAUUAAAAGUCCAUAAGUCAAACCGACAGUAUGCUGCACACUGUUUGGAAGGCAUGUCCAUUAAGUACAGGACCACUCAAACAACACUAACUUGGUUACAUUUCAAAGAUCUUCAGAUUAGAGGCUUGGAUGACGAGUUUUAUUUUGAAACCAGUGAGUGUAAUAAAAUUCAAAUAUAUACAAACAUUUUGAUAGUAUGUGUGAAAAUUCCAUUAAAAGGGUGAUCGUCUUUCUAGGUAAUACCAGCAGUGUUGCAGGUAAUAGCAGCAGUGCAGAUUUACUCAUCAGUUUUGAAAUACAAACCGUGAAACUAGUAUGAGAUUUUUCAGUGUGGAUUGAAUGUUUCUUUUGAAUGUCUAUAUUAAAUAUAUCACCAUUACUUGAAGUCUAGAAUGUUUACACGUGCUAAGCAAGCAUUAUUGCCCUUUAAAUUCCAUAAUGAGGGGAACAAAAUAGCUGUGUCCUGCCUUAUCUGGAUCUGCAUAAUGAAAUAGUUUGAAAUUGUAGCCUUAAAAUCUUGGUUGUUUAGUCUGAGUGAAAGUGAGCUUUUCUUGGAGUUUAUGGUCGUCCCUAAGUUUGGGGAGGGAGGGUUGCACCAGGGCAUAAACAGGAGCACUUGUGCAGAAAGAACAACUUCAUCUUUCUUCACUGCAUUUUUAUUAUAAAUAAACUUUGAUUUGUUUUC